ACUCCACCAUGGGUUCCUGCGGGACUGUGGGUCCUGUGCGCGCGCGCUACCUCGUGUUCUUCCAGUAUUUGGGCACGGACUUCAAUGGGGUCGCCGCCGUGAGGGGUAACCAUCGCGCUGUUGGGGUGCAGAACUUCCUGGAGGAGGCCGCCAAGCGCCUGAACUCCGUGGAGCCCAUCAGGUUUACUGUCUCCAGCCGCACUGAUGCCGGAGUGCAUGCCCUGAGCAACGCGGCGCACCUGGACAUCUGUCGCCGCUCAGGCCUGCCGCCUUACUCCCCGGAGGUCGUGACCCAGGCCCUCAACACCCACCUGAAGCACCGCGACAUUCGAGUACUGAAGGCCUUCCGAGUGCCCAAUGACUUCCAUGCUCGCCGUGCGGCCACCUCCAGAACCUACCUAUACCGUCUGGCCACAGGCUGCUCCUGGCCUCAUCAGCUGCCUGUGUUUGAGCAGAAUGUAUGCUGGGCUCUCCAGACGAAAUGCCUGGAUAUGGCUGCCAUGCAGGAGGCUGCCCAGCACCUCGUUGGGACACAUGAUUUCAGUGCUUUCCAGUCUGCCGGCAGCCCAACCACAAAUCCCGUGCGCACACUACAAAGAGUCUCUGUGUCUUCUGGUCCAGCCAGCCCAUUUGUCCUCCCCCAGGAGAGCAGGAAGCUGCAGUUCUGGACACUGGAGUUUGAAAGCCGGUCUUUUCUGUAUCGACAGGUAGGCUACACCUGUGACCAUCUCAGCUCUCUACUGCAGGUACGGAGGAUGACGGCUGUGCUGGUGGCUGUGGGGCAAGGGAUUCUGACACCUACACAGGUGAAAGCCAUUCUGGAGAGUCAAGAUCCCUUGGGCAAGUAUCAGACUCGAGUUGCCCCAGCCCGUGGCUUGUUCUUGAAGUCAGUGCUAUAUGAUUUCGGUAAGAGGGGAUGGGAUGGGAAAGACCUGGGUCCUCACUGAGGGGAGGGGCCUUUUAGAGGCAGUCAGACUCCCCCCACACCGUACUAGAUGAGAAUCAUAGCACCUAGUGGGGAAACCAGUGACUUCAGUUGGGGGCCAGUGACCAAAAAGCAUGGUGGCCUAGGUUGAGUGAUCCGCAGGUGGGGUCUCUGGAUGCAACUGUAGGCGUUCUGCUCUGACUGAGAGUCUAUCUAUAGGUCCUACAUCCUGAGCCCUGUAAGGUCCAAUGUGGAAACCAGCUGACUGUACCCUCAGUGGAGGCGAAGAGCCACACAGCAGACUGUCUGGCCGUCACUCAGCAGAGACUAACCCACAGCUCUGUGGGGCUCUGGUAGUCCCGCCUACCUUCCUGCAGCUCCUACCUCCCCAAUCUGUCCACCGUGACAUCCCUUUGUCACUAAUGAUGGGGUGCCAGGCAGGAAACAGCUGUAAGCACCCAGGUAGCUUCUGCUUUCCUGGGAGCCCCAUCCUCUAGGGACAAGGGAGUAGGAAUAAAAGGCAUAGAGUAAAAAAGGCCUGUUUAUUACUGUAGCCAGCCUAUGACUCUAAUCUUGUCCCUAGGAUAAUGAAUCUGUCUCAGGGCACCCACUUCCCAAAGCCAAAGUCCUGAUCCUUCUGCUGGGCAAACAGACAGAGUGGUGGGUUGCUGAGGUUGCAGGUCAGCUGGGCGCCUGGGGAAGGCCAUUCUUGAGCAGUGCUGUGAGGAAGCUUCCCAGCUCUUCAUCCUAGAAGAAAGGGAAGCACAGUUACCCACGGACAACCUAAUGCCAAGGAAGUGAGGCCCCAGGCAAACCACUGACGCCCAUCCUCCUUACCUGGUAGGUCCAGGAGACCAAUAGUACCUUAGUACCAGGGUCCUCCGAGUGAGCAGCAGCCUGGAUCAGAAUGGACUCCACGGUCACAGAGCCAUCAGGGAGGUGCUGUACACAGUGGUCCUUGAGGGUGCUGUAGAGAGGCAUAGUAAGAUCCCUGCCUCAGCCUGUCUGUAGGGUGGGGGCAAGGCCAAGGCGCACCUCUUGAGAUGACUGUACACACGUAGGGCUGUUUCUUGCUCCUUGCGUGUGUCCUGCAGGUGCACACGACAGGUGAAGCGCAGUUGGUGCUCAGCCAGGCCCAGCUCUUUGAGGGCUUGCUCCGAGGAUACCAGCCGGAAACUCUGUGAGGCAAGGGCAAGCUGGUCAGAGGAAGGAACGAAUGCCCCCACCACCACUCUUUACACACUUACACUGUCUUUCAUAAUUAGUGUGCCAUGCAAGAGCCGAGGUCUUUUGGCCUCAGGGAGCAGUCCUGUAAGGAAAGGAAUACUGCAGUCAACACAAGCACCACCUACCUGCCUCCCUCGGUCCGUGCCCCAGUCUCCCCUUCAUACCCUGCACCAUCUCCCGCUUCAGCAGCCCCAGGGAGAUGCCUACAGGAAUGCUGGGGCUCGUGGGCAGUGUCACUGUCUCGCCAUUGGCUGGCAUGUAGCAGCUGACUCCUGAGGAAAGUGAUACAGAGUCUCAGUCUAGGCUGUCAGCCUUGCCUGUACCACCCCACAGGCCAUCCCUGACCACCAGCUGCCUACGAAAUUCCUGCUCAAUCUUCUGCCUCAAGAACUCCAUCUUCUUGGCCUCGCCAUGCACCAGCAGCACACUCUCCGGCUCUGCUUGUCCCACCAGCUGCAUGAUGCCCUUGGCAUCAGCAUGAGCACUGAAUGACAUGUAUUCCACUUGCAUCUUUACUUCCAGCUGUGGUGUCACAAGAUGCAGGCAGUUAGCAGCAGCAGUAAAAGCCUGGGAGCCCUGCUGAGCCCAGGACAGGGAGGUACUCACCACCUGACGCCCUUCCAUCUCCAGUUUUCUUUGACCACUAAGGAUCUUGUGGCCCACGGUGCCUUGCACACAGUAGCCAGGCAUGAUGACCUGAAAGCAGAGGUGACCUCCCAACAUAAACAUUUCCUCUUGGGACAACCCCUGACCUGAAUACUCAGGAGGCUAAGGGGCUGUCUGUGUUAGCAGGCCAGUCGCUCAGUCUGGGCUGCUGCUAGUAGAACACAGCAGCAACAAAGUCAUUAUGGGAUUAAGAAACAGAAAGUUGAAGGGCCAGUCCUUCUGUACUCCAGUUCCCCAAGACAAGCCCCAUCCACUGGGGACUGGCCCCAAGCCCUUACCAUGUUCUUCUCAUUUCCUGCCCACUUUCGGAAGAUCUGCAGAGAUUGGCCAGCAUGCAGCAUCCCAGGUGUGGCAAACACAACCUGCAGGAUUGACAAGGGUCAGAAGAGCAGACCUUUCCUCCCAGGGCUGCAAUAAGCACCAGGUUAUUGCAGGAAAGAGGCUCUUUCCUGAAAACCCACGGGCAGGGAUCCUUGAAGGCCAGAUGAGAAGCUGCAUUGGUAGGGCCUUACCAUGGGACCUGGGUUGUCAGCAAAUGUCCGGUCAAAGGCUUUGAUGUGCUUAAACUCAAACAUGUUCCUCUGGACAAAAGUCUUGCGUAUCUUCUGGUUGGUCCAGGUGAUAAAGAGCUUAUAGUAGUGGUUGGCCUUCUCUGUCAGGCCCGUAGAGAAGUAGAUGGGCACCUUCAGGUUCAUGCGUUCCCUGUGUGUCCACCAGCCCAGUCAGUGCAGGGAGGACAGAGUUAGCCUGCAACUUGUAGCCCUGUGCCUUCCACUGCUAUGGCCAGGGCUGAGUUCAAUGUCCCUUGAACUCAACCCUGUGCUGUCUCUACCCUUAUGACCACCAGGCCAGACCUCUCAGCUUAUAUCCUAUAAAACAAACAUGGGAGUGGUAGGGUUCCCCAGAGCUCAUGUAAGGAGACUCAGUAGUCCAUCCAGUGACAAAUACAGCCCGCAGCUAAUGUGAUGUCCCAGUACAUGCACAGCUCCACCCAGGACAGCAGGGCCAACAGUACUGUAUCCUGGACAUACAGUACCCAGUGGUAGUCACUGCUGCCUUGACUUCUCCACAGUUCCACUGUGCCUGGCAGUAAGAGGAAUCAUCUAUGCAGAGCCUGUUCCAUGCCUUCCUGCCCACCUUGGAAUAUUCCUGUUUGUACCUACCAGAAGGUCUCCAGCAGGAUGCACAGCUCUUGUGCUCGGCCCAGCGCAAACACAGGGAUCAGCACCUGAGGGCAGGUGAGGCUGAUUCAGGUGGGAGCUACUAGCCACACUACCCUGAACACAGCAAGUAGCAAUGCUCACUAUAUACACCCUUGCUGGCAGGCUGAAUAAUAGCAUUUAGAUACCAUUACUGCAAAGGAAUAGCCAGACAUUUAAGAACUACAGGGUUUUACACACACACACACACACACACACACACCCCACACGUAGAGACAGCAGGAACUGUGAGAGGCUCCUGAACAGCUGUUCAUGGAAUACAAACAUGAGAGAAUAGAAGACUCUGGAAUCUGUCAUCUCAGCACCAAAUAAACAGUAACCCCCACACCCAGAGACCCUGACCACAUGGAGGGCAGUAAAGCCUGCUGGGAGACCAUACUAUGUGGCCAGAGCAGGCACACACCCAGAGCCAGCUACAGUCAGUACCUUCCCACCUCGCUCCACAGUCUCAUGAACUUUCUUCAGGAAAUCUCGCUCUCUGCAGCGUUUGGAAUCCCGGAUAGUUGUGGCAUACGUGGAUUCUGUGAUGAGCAAGUUGGGGCGACACUUGUCAAUCCAUGCAGCCCUAAAACAGAUAGAAAUAGGCAUGGUGAGUUGCUCAUGGCUGCAUUAUUGGGAACAAAUUGGACUGUAGUCCCAUUACAGCAUAUUUCUAGAUCACCCUGACAUGAGCCCUCUACACGGCCCGUCAAACAUCAUGACAGCAUACUCUUAGGGAGACAACAGGAGAAAAGAGCCUCUAGCCUAGAGGUACUUCCAUAUUGCAUGGGAGGACCAUGGAGAUGCUGAGCAUUUAAAUGACCACUAUGAUGCCUCUUAGAUUCCAGGAAGUUCCCACGGGGUGAAACACAGGCCUACUCACCCCAAAUGCCGGUCUGGAGUCAUGUUAUAGUCACCCUGGCAAAGAAAAUGACAAUGAGGAAGGUGUCUUUCUGCCCAGCAGCUUCACUCAAGCCAAGGACUUCCACUGACCGUGUAGACCACAGACUCUGAGCCCACUUUAAUCUGGAACAUGGCUGCCCCCAGUACAUGGCCUGCAUAGUAUGCUUUGAUUUCCAGUUCAUCAUCCACCUGCAGAAGAAAAAAUGGUCUCAGGCCUGCAAGGCAGGGAGGAAGCAGGAAGUAGAUGAUUACCUUAAGCCUAUCCAGUCCAUUCCUGUUUCUCACAAGUCUGGGGCUUAACCAAAAGCAACCACUCCUAGGGGUUGUAGCACAGUAAAAACAAAACCAGGUAAGUAAGGAUCUAGAAGCCAUUCCUCGACUAGACUAAGUAUAGAUAAAGCCACAAACACUACAAAAAAAUUCUAAAACUAGGAACUACAGUAACCCAAAUUAAUUCAGUAGGUAUGCACACCUUUAAUCCCAGCACUUGGGAAGCAGAGGCAGGUA